CAGGCGCCCCGUGAGGGGGGCCCGCAGGCGGUCUCCGGGAUGGUACAGCUGUACAACCUGCACCCGUUCGGGUCGCAGCAGGUGGUGCCCUGCAAGCAGGAGCCCGAGCGCUUCUGCGGCGGAGGGCGCGACGCGCUGUUCGUGGCGGCGGGCUGCAAGGUGGAGGUGUUCGCUGUCGACUGCCAGGGGCUGAGCCAGUCGAGGUGCACCUUUUCCACGCUGGGCCGCGUGUUGCGUCUGGCCUACAGCGAGGCGGGAGACUAUUUAGUAGCAAUUGAAGAAAAAAACAAAGCGAAGUUUCUGCGUGCUUAUGUGAACUGGAGAAGUAAAAAAACUGAAAACUCUCGAGUGUGUAUCCGAAUGGUUGGACAUAAUGUGGAGGUACCCUUCAGUGAAAGCUUCAGGGACCAGAUGUCUAUUCUUGAAAUGCCACUCUCUGAGAACCCCUUGAGCAUUUCUUGCUGCCCUGUGAAAGGAGACCUUCUUGUUGGCUGCACAAAUAAGCUAGUCUUAUUUACUUUGAAGUAUCAGAUCAUUAGUGAAGAAUUCUCAAUAUUGGACUUUGAACGCUCUUUAAUUAUACACAUAGAUAAUAUCACCCCUUUUGAAAUAUCUUUUUGUGUUGGAUAUGUUGCUGUCAUGUCAGACUUAGAAGUCUUAAUCCUAAAGCUGGAAUCGGAUCCCAAAGAUGGAGAGAAAGUUAUCCACCAUCCACAUAAAACCAACAAUUUAGUGAAAAAGACAGAAGGCACCAGUAAUGAAACUUUGCAACUUGAAUCCGAUGACUUUGUAAUCUGCCAAAAACCCAUGGAACUUCUUGGUGAAAAAAGUGAACAGUGUGGCAUAUCUGUUACACUGGAGGCAAUAGGAUUAGCUGAUGAAAACAUGAAAUAUACUCAUGUUCAGCAUCUGCUCUAUAGACGUUUUGCUCCUGAUAUUUCAUCAUAUGUUUUGCCUGAUGAUGCCAAGUUGCAUUCACUUCAGCUGCUACCCAUUUACCAAACAGGUUCUUUUAUGUCUGAACAUUCAUCUCAAGAAAAAAAAUUGCUGAGUCUUUUUUGUUUCUUCUCAUUACCUCAUGUGGGCUAUCUCUACAUGGUUGUCAAGUCAGUUGAAUUAAUGUCGGUCUACCAGUAUCCUGAGAAAUCUCAGCAGGCAGUGCUCACGCCACAGUUUUUGCAUGUUAUUACAAGUAACAACCUGCAGUGCUUCACAGUGCGAUGUAGUGCGGCGGCAGCUCGUGAGGAGGACCUAUAUGAGGACACCACAUUGAAGGCUUGUCCACCUGUCAGUAUGGAUGUCUGUGCUUUGAGAAUACAGCUCUUCAUUGGUUUGAAAGCCAUUUGUCACUUUAAAAACCAUGUAAUACUUUUGACCAAGGCAGACUCUGAACCUACUCCAGAGAGAAGAGAAUCACCCAAGAGGCUUCUUUCUAGGAAAGAUACCAGUGCUAAGCUCAGAACAUCUCCUGUAGCUGAGGCUGCUUGGAAUUUAUAUAUUGUGAAUACAAUCUCACCAGUGCAACUAUACAAGGAAAUGAUCGACUACAGUAAUACCUAUAAGACUGUUAAAACACAGAGCUGCAUCCACCUCCUUAGUGAGGCUCAUUUGUUGGUGAGAGCUGCCUUAAUGGAUGCCAGUCAGUUGGAACCUGAAGAAAAAGCAGAGCUUUUGGAAGCAUUUAAAGAAAGCUGUGGCCACUUGGGAGAUUGCUAUAGCAGGCUUGAGACUCGAUAUUCCCACCUUGCCUUGCCAUACUAUAAGAUGUCUGGCUUGUCUCUGGCUGAAGUUUUAGCCCGAGUGGAUUGUGCAGUAGAGGAUGGAUUGCAGAAAUACGAGAAGGGAUUAAUCUUUUACAUUAAUCACUCACUUUAUGAAAACCUGGAUGAAGAAUUAAGUGAAGAAUUAGCAGCAAAAGUGGUUCGGAUGUUUCAUGUGACUGAGCCGAAACAACUGCCCCAUAUUCUCUGUACUCCUUCCAUGAAGAACAUUAACCCUUCAAUUGCCUUGAGCUAUCUGAGAAAGUUGGAUACUUCUGAGUGUUCAUCAGUAUUAGUGACACUGACUAAAGCAUCAAUGGCUCUGAAAAUGGGAGAUCUUGACCUGUAUAGGAAUGAAAUGAACAGCCAUUCAGAGAUGAACUUCGUACGUGGCUUCAGUCUGGAACCUCGGCUAUUAAUUCAACAGAGAAAGGGACAGAUUUGUCCAACUGAGUUUGCUGUUUACUUGAAGGAAACUCAGCCUGGAUUGCUGGUGGCAUCAAUCCUAGGCUUGCAGAAGAGCAGCCAUAUUGGAAUUGAAGAAGCAGAUUCCUUCUUCAAGGUGCUCUGUGAUAAGGGUGAAGGUACAGUUCCUCAGCUCUUGGUAGACUUCUGGGAAGCUCGGCUGGUAGCAUGUAACCCUCAUGUGGUACAUCAGGAACUCUUCCUCAAACUCACAUCACAGUACAUCUGGAGAUUAUCUAAGAGGCAGCCCCCUGAUACCACACCAUUGCAAACAUCAGAAGAUCUGAUAAAUGCAUGUAGUCAUUAUGGUUUAAUCUAUCCAUGGGUUCAUGUCUUAUUAUCAUCUGAAACAUUACCAGAUAAAAAUUAUGCAGAAGACCUUUCAAAAUUACAGUCUCUUCUCUGCAGUCCUUCAUUUGCUGUAGCUUCCAUGAGUCUAUUCUUGGAGUCACUCUCAGAUGACACUGUUGCUGGCCUCAGCAUUCAUAUUUUAUGUCAUACACGCUUGAAAGAGUAUGAACAGUGCCUAGACAUGCUGUUAGAGAGGUGCCCGGAGGCACUCAUUCCUUAUGCCAAUCAUGAAUUGAAAGACGAGAAUCGGACAUUGUGGUGGAAAAAACUGCUGCCUGAACUUUGUCAACGAAUCAAAUGUGGUGGAGAGAAAUAUCAACUUUACCUGUCAUCAUUAAAAGAAACAUUGUCCGUUGUUGCUGUGGAACUAGAACUGAGGGAUUUCUUGAGUGUCCUUCCAGAAGAUGGCACUGCAGCAUUUUUCUUGCCGUAUCUUCUUUACUGCAGUCGAAAGAAAUCAUUGACCUGAAGAUGUCAUUUGAAAACACCACACUGGUGUAUGAGAGUGAAUUUAAAAAUUGAAAGCCAGGUAAAAAUAUAAAUAGAAGAUUUUCAUAUUGAAUAUGUAUUUAUAUUACCAGUGCUUUCAAGUUGCUUCCCUACCAUGUAGAGGUAUUAUCAUUUCUUAAUUAAGACCUGAAUCUAUUUUAAUUGUCAAGAUUGUAGAAAAGCGCAAGUCAUUAAUGCUUUGCUCAAAGAAGCCAUAUUAUUUUUCCAAGGUGGAGACCUACUGUUUAUUCCAGGGAACAUCAGUUCACUGUUACUGAAGAUUGGACAGUUUUCUUUAUCCCAGGAACACAAAUGUUUUGCAAAUAUGCACUGAAAAAAUGUCACUCCCUGUGGCCCAGAAUUGUCUUUUCAGAUUUUUAUAUUUAUGUUUCUUUCAUACGAUGUUCAUGUUCUGCUACAUUAAAGAUUUUAAACUUUAUUUUCUUGUUAUUUUUAAAACUCUUGCUGUAUUUCUCUCUGAAUAAAAUAAAGUGGAGUUUACAAAGUUACCUUCUUUUCUGGCUAACAUGAUCUGUUGAAUCCAUGUUUUUCAGCCAAAGCUUUGUUUCCGUGUAUCUGCUCUUUCAGAGAAUGUAUAAAAAUAAGGAAAUACGUCAUUGAGUUCACCACUGAGUCUUCUUUUUUAACCUCUUACUAAAGAAUUUUUAGUUCAAGUACAGCUCACUGAAAGUGUGCUUUGAUACUUGAGCCUGGGCAAAAUUCUACUCACCCAAUAUAUAUUUUUAACUUUUCAAAUAUAUUUUUAACUUUUCUCCUGAUGGCAAUACUCAUCUUGAUCAGGAUUUCAUAUAGAAUUGACUCUCAACUUUUUUCCUAGU